UUGGCCAGGGACGUCCGUGCCCCCCGCAGCGCGCGUAUAUAAGCACCACCAUGCAUCUCCAUGCUCAGCACGUACGAUUUACUGCUAGCCAUCUCCCGUGCGUCCCGGUCUUGCAUUUGCACCACGUUCUGCAUGCACGCAUGUCUAGUGGUGCACUGCUCUCCGCCAUGGACAUGGGCAUGGGCAUGGGCAUGGAUUGGCUCUUCGUCUUGCAGCUUCUCAUGUCGGCCGUCUGCCUCCUCGUGCUACUGCUUCGUUAUCGCGCCGUGAAACCCGAGAAAACGCGACGCCGGCGCUACCCGGGGCUCACCCAGUGGCCGAUCGUCGGCGUCAUCCCGGCCAUCGUCUCCAACAUCCACCGGAUCUUCGAGGGCGUCACCGGCAUGCUGGCCCUCUCCGGCCUCAACUACCAGUGCCGCUUCUGGUUCGCCGGCUUCCGCUACUUCAUCACCUGCGACCCGGCCAACGUCCGCCACAUCUUCACCUCCAACUUCGAGAACUACCCCAAGGGCGACGUGUUCGCCCAGAUGUUCGACAUCCUCGGCGGCGGCAUCUUCAACUCCGACGGCGAGCGCUGGCGGAGCCAGAGGACGAAAGCCCAGAUGCUCAUGACCACCCCGCGGUACCGCGCCUUCGUGGCGCAGUCCAGCCUCGACAAGGUGGAGCAGAGCGUGCUCCCGUUCCUCGCCCACGCCGCCGACUCCGACACGACGUGCGACCUGCAGGACGUGUUCACGCGCUGGUCCUUCGACACGACCUGCAACCUCGUCUUCGGCGUCGACCCCGGGUGCCUGGCCAUUGGCCUGCCGGACGUGCCGUUCGCGCGCGCCAUGGACGACGUGCUGCGCACCGUCUUCGUCCGGCACAUCAUGCCGGUGACGUGCUGGAAGGUGAUGCGGAGGCUGGACGUCGGCCAUGAGAGGAAGAACGCCGCCGCGCGCCGCACGGCCGACGAAUUCGUGGCGGCCACCAUUGCUAGCCGCAGAGCCGCCUACAACAAACAGGGCGCGGACAAGUCGGCGGCCGACCUGCUGUCCUCCUUCAUCUGCGACGAGGAGAUCGCGCGCGACCCGGAUGCGGACGUGUACAUCCGGGACAUGACGAUGAACCUCCUGGUCGCCGGCCGCGACGCCACCAGCUCCGCCCUCUCGUGGUUCUCCUACCUCAUCGCCACGAACCCGCGGGUAGAGAAAAGGCUCCUGGAGGAGCUGGCCCCCAUAGCUGCCCGCAGACCCGUCGGACCCGACGGCAUGGUGGCCUUCGAGGCGGGGGAGCUGAAGAACCUGCUGUACCUGCACGCGGCGGUGUGCGAGUGCCUCCGCCUCUACCCGUCGCUGCCGGUGGAGACAAAGGCGGUCGCCGCCCACGACGUGCUGCCGAGCGGGCACGAGGUGAGGCCCGGGGACAAGAUCCUGGUGUUCAACUACUCCAUGGGGAGGAUGAAGCGGGUGUGGGGCGCCGACUGCCGGGAGUUCCGGCCGGAGCGGUGGAUCUCCGAGGACGGCAAGCUGCGGUACGUGCCGUCCAACAAGUUCGUGGCCUUCAACUCGGGCCCCAGGACGUGCCUCGGGAAGGAGAUGGUGCUGGUGCAGAUGAAGGUGACGGUGGCGGCCGUGGCGUGGAACUUCGCCGUGGAGGUGGUUCCCGGGCAUGUCGUGGAGCCGAAGCUCUCCAUCAUACUCCACAUGAAGAACGGCCUCCUCGUCAGGGUCAAGAGAAGAUCGGGUAUUCCAGCCAUGAUCGGCAAGCAGUAACUUAUGCGUACUUGUACCGUUGCAUGCAUGCACGUACUGAUGUAAGUGUCUAUAUUCCUUCAUUUUUAUUCGGCAUAUGUGUGUUGUCUCUUGUCUGUGUGUGUGCAGGUGUCCAGUAAUAUAAGUACACUGUAAAUCAUGGUGGGUAUACAUAUGUUUCCUACUCAUUAAUUGUAUGUAUCAUCAACUAGUUGAUUGAUUCGAAGA